AUGAUGAAUCUUUCAUAUUCUUAUAAAAAAGAAGAUUAUUUAUCAGCCAUCGAUAAUAUGAGAUGCAUAAUGUCGUUAAAUGAAAAAAUGAAUUCAACUGAUGCAGUUGAACUGGUUAGCAAUAACAAUUUUUUGGGUAAACUUUAUUUUAAAAAUGAACAGUUGGAUUUAGCAUUAGAUUACUGUACAAACGCAUUAAAUACAAGUUUUGAAGCUGAAGUUGAGGAUGUCGAAUUAGGGAGAAUUUUAAAUAAUUUAGCGCAGAUUUGGUUGAAAAAAGGUGAUUAUAAUCAAGCAUGGUCUUAUUGUUCAAAGUCAAUGGAAAUAUCUGUAAAAGGGUCAGCGACUAGCAAAGCUGUAAUUGGUGAUAAUUAUGAAAUAAUUGGUGAUAUUUAUCGAUAUUAUGGUGAAAAACAACUUAGUUAUUGUUGUUACUCAAAAUCGUUGAAACAGCUUGAAACAGUAGUGCUACAAUGUUCGAAUGAUAUCAAACCUUUACAACAUAAAAUAAGUAACGUUCAUCAUUCUAAUUCACUUAUCCUUUGA